CUCAGGCAGUUCCUAAAAGUUUCCACUGUUGGCAUUUUUACCCCUUUCGGUCUGGACUUGCGUAGAAUCCAAGUGCUCCUCUUUUCACUCUUUCCUCUCAAAAGCUACUGUAGGAUCGCACAAACAAGAGGGAGAAAGAGAAAGAGGGAGCGAUGGAGGAAUAGCUAUUCCUCCGUGGUUGACUAUGCAUUAACGGGAAUCAGAACCUGUACUUGAGCUCCGAUUCUAAACAUUCCACACUCUCUCCAGACUCUUAAUCUCUUCCUGGAAUAAGUUAGCUGACCUGCUUGCAAAUAAUAAUAAUCCAUAUUAUGGGUUGGUUUACAAAGUUGAUUAAGGGCUCCAACCAUAAAAUUUCAAGGGGCCAAUAUCACGGAAAAUAUGGAAAUGACAAAAUUUGGGAUGGUCAUCGUAAUUCAGCGGUAAUCACAGUUUCUGCUUCUAUGGCAAACUGGGUGCAGGAUGAUUUGACUGAUAUUGAGAAAGAAGACAUCGACCGUGCUAUUGCACUCUCUCUGUCAGAGGAGGAUCAGAAAGGGAAAAAAGUUAUUGAGUAUGAUUCACGGUCAGAAGAUGAAGAACUUUGUCCACUUGAUGAGGAGGAAGAUGAACAUCUUGGUAAAGUUCGAGAAGAGGAAGCUGAAAGUCUUGCUAACAAUCAAAAGGAGGAAGACGAACAUCACACAAAGCUUCAACUUGAGGAAGAUGAACAACUUGCGAGAGCAAUUCAAGAGAGUUUAAGCAUGGGUUCUCCUCCUCGAUACAAUACGGGUUCUUUAUUUCAACCAUUUUCUAUGUUUUCCACUGGAUACAGGAUCUGUGCUGGCUGCAAUGCUGAGAUCGGCCAUGGAAGAUUUUUAAGCUGUAUGGGAGGUGUCUGGCAUCCAGAAUGUUUUCGUUGUCAUGCUUGCAAUCUACCAAUUACUGAUUAUGAGUUUUCCAUGUCUAGCAAUCGCCCUUACCACAAAUCCUGCUACAGGGAGCAGCAUCACCCAAAAUGUGAUGUUUGCAAGAAUUUUAUUCCCACAAAUUCAAAUGGCCUCAUUGAAUAUAGAGCACAUCCUUUCUGGCAACAAAAAUACUGUCCAUCACAUGAACGUGACGGCACUCCUCGCUGUUGUAGCUGUGAAAGAAUGGAGUCAAGGGACGCAAAAUAUCUUUUGCUGGAUGAUGGCCGGAAGCUAUGUCUAGAGUGUCUAGACUCUGCGAUAAUGGAUACUCAUGAAUGCCAGCCACUCUACCUUGAGAUACAAGAGUUUUAUGAAGGCUUAAACAUGAAAGUGGAGCAGCAAAUUCCUAUGCUUUUGGUUGAGAGACAAGCACUGAAUGAGGCCAUGGAGGGAGAAAAGAAUGGUCAUCACCAUUUACCUGAAACUAGAGGACUUUGCUUGUCAGAAGAGCAGACUGUCACCACUAUUUUAAGGAGACCGAGGAUCGGAGCAGGCUACCGAAUCGUAGACAUGAUAACUGAACCUUAUAGGCUGAUCCGUCGCUGUGAAGUUACUGCCAUUCUUAUUUUAUAUGGCCUUCCGAGGCUGUUAACAGGAUCAAUCCUGGCUCAUGAGAUGAUGCAUGCAUGGCUAAGGCUUAAAGGUUACCCCAAUCUGAGCCCUCAAGUUGAAGAAGGAAUUUGCCAAGUUUUGGCUCAUAUGUGGUUGGAUUCAGAAAUGUAUUCUGGAUCUGGGAGCGAUGGUGCAUCAUCCUCAUCAUCAUCUUCAUCAUCAUCCUCACCUUCCUCCUCUUCCUCCACGUCAUCAAAGAAAGGCAAAAGAUCCGACUUUGAGAAGAAACUGGGCGAGUUUUUUAAACACCAGAUUGAGUCAGAUGCCUCAUCAGCUUAUGGAGAUGGAUUCAGAUUGGGUAACCAGGCAGUGCACAAGUAUGGGCUUAGAAGGACCCUUGACCAUAUCCAACUAACAGGAAGUUUUCCGUUAUGAAGAUGAUAGAAAAUAAAAUUGCUUUACUAUUACAAGGACCUAUACCACAACUUUUUGUCAUGUAAUUAUAAACUCUAUAGAAUGCAAAGAUUCCAAAAUCGUAUCAUUUAAAACUUAUUUAGAGAAAAUAAGUAGUCCGUUCUAACGUGCAGAUGCUGUAAUAUGUGAAAUGUUUGUCACUGCAUUUAUAUAUGCUUUACGGAUGCUAUACAGGUAUUGAGAAAAUUAAACAGUGAAUAUAUGGAAUUAAUAUUCGCGUGUUUGGUGUAA